UGGCAUGACGUCAUGGGGAAUUCCCACAAAAAUGGCGGACACCGAAGGAAGUAACAGCAGUAGACUUUCAUACUAAAUGUGUGAAGAUAUUUCUGAUCGGGUGAAAGAAAAAACACUGGGAAUUUCAGCUGACAACGUUGAGAAGGAAUGAUAAGCACAAAACAUUAAACUUUUAUCACAUUGAAGAAAAGACCAUUUAUAUCCAUAUGGAAAUAUACCUAUAAUAAACAAUGGAGAACCAGCAUGGUUUCAUAGCACGACCUUCCAGGCCAGGAGAAACCCACUUUACACCACCUCCCCAAAUGUCAUAUCUGGACCAGCAAGGGUCAACAUGGCGUCCAGCUCCAUCUGGGAAUCGAAAUGGGACAGAGAACAAUGUCAUGCAGAGGUCCAUGAUUGGUCUGCCUGGCAAUGAUGCUCGAGAAUAUAUUGCGGGAAGACCAGGGCGACAGCAAGAUGUGAUGUCACAGUCGGUGAUUGGUCUACCUGGCAACCAGGCUCGAGAAUAUAUUGUGGGAAGACCAGGGCGACAUCAAGAUGUGAUGUCACAGUCGGUGAUUGGUCUGCCUGGCAACCAGGCUCGAGAGUAUAUCACGGGAAGACCAGGGCGACAUCAGGAUAUGAUGUCACAGUCAGUAAUUGGUCUACCUGGCGCUCAAGGCAGUUACACUGGAGCAGCAAGCCAUUUGCAGGGAGGGCUAACGGGACCGGCCUCUCUUGCUUUUGAAGAUCCAAAUCUGAGGCAACGCUUGGUUGAAGCUCAGAUACGAACCAACCGUAAAAAGUUUAUUGACUCGCUGACAACUGGUGAUCAGAAUUAUGGAUUGUAUCUUGACCAGCUUGUCAGUGCUGAUGCUCCCUUGAAAUCAAAAUAUCAGGAAUUGGACAUAGAAAAGUUGCUGAUAAAUAAUGCCAAGAGUCCCCAGUCAUUGCAGCAGAUGUCAACAGCUUUGGGAAUUUUAGAAAAAUAUGGCCGAAAUCUGUUGAAACCACUGGAGAUUAGACCUGCAGUUUGGAGGGAGAUCAAGUUUUCCAACUCUGUGUUCAGAGAUAGGGUCCAGCCAAUGACUUGUUCACUCCUCAUACUCCAGCAGAUGGGCUAUACGCUGCAGGUCGAUGAUGGCCUUGCAUACCCACAGGAUUCUGAACCAGUCCUCGAAGACAUUGCAAGACUGGUGGCGGAGUUAGUGUUGGCUAAGACGGAAAUCGAUUUAUACAGAACUGGGCAGCACCCAAUGAAACACAGGUUUGAUGAAGUCAUAGAACAAAGUCAAGGCCAAGGAGAUUUUCCAGAGGCAUUGUCAGAGAGGACAGAGAUUCAGUAUCCACCUUCUGCACAGAAGACACAGUAUCGCCCACAGCAGUAUCCCAUGACACAGUCUCCUCCAGUACAAUUUCAAUCUCCUCCAACACAAUAUCAGUCUCCUCCAACACAAUAUCAGUUUCCACCAACACAAUUUCAGUCUCCUCCAACACAAUAUCAGCCUCCUCAACUAACACAAUUUGGAGCUGUGUCUCAGCAACAGCAGUUGGUUCACAGUGGAAUGGGCAGGGCUUUACAGAGGCCGCCAUCAGGUGAAAAAUCAAACAUAGGAUGCUUUAAGCCUCCAGCUGCACAUGAAUACGUGAACGUGCCCCCGGUGCCUGUCCCUGCUGCUGGUAGAUACCCCUCAGAGGGAGGUGGCAGCAGUGGAGGCAGAGGGAAAGGAGGAGGUGAAGGAGGAGUGAGAAUAGACACGGCUGGAUUGCGGCCACCACCACAAGAUGCAUCUUUGUGUUACUUAUGCGGAGAGGAAAUUGGCAUAAUUCGCUGUGAUAACCAAGACUGUAAUGAUAUGUUUUGUGAAAGCUGUGACCAAUUAUUUCACAAACAUAAGGUGAGACAGGGCCACAAGCGAGUGCAGAUAUACACCAGCCCUGGCAGCUCUACUGAGACUGGACUAAGUUCUCAGCAAGAAAAUCAGGCUUCUGCCAGUCUGACCAGUCCUGUUUUAAAAGGUCAGGAUGCCUUGCCAAAUCCAAGCACAAGAGUUGGCCAGAGUCCAGUUGGGACAGCCAUCCCUGGAGGCCAAAAUGACCGUUUGUCUCCAGGUUUAUCUUCUGGUGCUUCUUCCCCCAGCUCCAUGCAGAGUAGUUCACUUGCUACAUCCCCCAGUGGUCAGAUUGGAAGAAAACCUCCAGUGCCUGCACCUAGGCGGAAAUCAACGGCAUCUUCUACGUCUUCACCUGAGACGACCACUCCCCCUACACCUGCACCUAGAAAACCAAGACAGUCUGCCAGUGACCCCAGUUUAAAAGAACCCAGCAGCAAUGUAUCUCCUCAAUCUGAGAAACUAGCCAGCUCAAAUGUUACCAAAUUAUCAGUUUUUAAUACAGACUACAGUGUUCAAGGUGGGGCAGGUGGACAUGAGGCACAGUCUCCUUUCACUAAGACUGAAACAAAUUUGCUGCCUGCAGUAAACAGGGCAGAAUACAUCAUGGAUGCCCAGAAGAUUAUUGAGGAACUGGAGGCCAUUUCUGAUCCAGAAAAUAAGAAAACGACUCUGGAUGCACGGCUCAUAGCCAUUGAAGAAGAGAUGAAAGAAAAAGAAAAGCGCAAGAAUAAUAUUAUUAAGGAGUGCCCUGAUUUUUAUGACAAUGAUACAUAUGCAGUUCUCAACAAACUUAUCAUGCGGCUGCAACAUCAGUACCAUGAGCUGAUUGUAUACAAAGAUAAUUUGAAAGAGGCCGAACAGCAACAACAGCGACAGCAACAUCAGCAACUACAUGUUGGUGGGCAUGACACAUUGCCCCAGGGCAGACUUGGCGUCAUUCCUCUUGACAUUAAGAACCCUCCCUUGCAGUAUACGCCACCCCCUUCUCAACCCUACACUUUACCACCCCCACCCUCCGUAUCAGGGCAUUUUAAACAGACCAGUUUGGAUCCUGAGAGCAGCAACAGUGUCGACGACACUUACACCAUCAUGCGCCCACCAUCGAAUGGGAAAUACAAACCUCAGCUUGGGGCCCUUACGGGGGAAUACAGAACCACAGAUGAUGUGCACAACAUGUACAUCCAAAUGGGGAACCCUCCCCCUGGCCCCACUGGUGUGAGCACACAGUCUGAGGUCACAAAGGCCUCCACACAGCUCAGCCAAAAGCAGUGCUUGAAUUGUCAAACUCUGAAUUACUUAGAGGCUCAGUGGUGUUCUCAGUGUCACCAACUGUUUGACGUUGAGACUACAGAAUCUUUUGAUGAGGUCAAACACCAGUGCCCGACCUGUCACAAAAGGACUGAUUUCCGGAAGGAGUGUUGUGAAUUUUGUCGCUAUCCCAUUCCGAAAGGUCUAAGGGACAGUUACUCCCCAUAUAAAAAAUCUGUCACAUUACCUAGAUCUUUUCACAUUCCAAACCAGCGCUCUGAUGUUGUAUCUGGUGCAGCCACCCUCCCCAGGGUACCCAUAGAACACACAGUACCACCCCCUGGUGUGUCCAAUCCAUAUCACCAAGGACAAGAGAAAAUGUCAAACGUGCAAGGGGUGUCACCUGCUGGUAAUCGCUUUGGUGGACAAAUCUCCCCUCUCUCCCAAGAUGAAAACCUAAUGAGGGUGGUCCCAGGGGUUGAAAGACCAUCCUUAGGAUCAGAAAGAUCAUCCCCAGGGGUGGCAGCAACCCAGAGAUUCCAAAGCCAAGGCAGCCUGUGGUCUUGCGAACACUGUACCUAUCUCAAUGAGGCAAACAUGAGGGUGUGUGAAAUGUGUAACAGGACCAGUGAUAAUCCACAGAUUGUAGAAAAAGCUGCCCCCGAGAACACUGGCCCUAUGACUCUGCCAGCCAGACCAUAUGGGCAGUCUGUUGGCCCAAGAAGUGGGGGUCAGGGUACUGGUCAAAGACCAUUAAGACAGUCCCUGUCAUCUCAGAUCAGUAGUAGUAGUGCUGGUGGCCAGCGGUCCUAUAUACAGACUGACCAAGAGAUAGCUGAAGAGAAGAUCCGGGCACAGACCAUGAUGCUGCAGUUUGCCCGAGAAGACCGAGAGAGGGAAGAGCAGCAACGCUCUUCAGCUACAGAUUUAGUUGGCCCUUCAACCGCUGCUCAACAACAGUUUGGUGGCUCAAAACCAUCUACUGGACCUGGUCUUCAGGCUGCAGUGCCAGGAGGGGCACAUGUGUUAAAUUUGGAGAGUUCAAGCAUGGAAAAACCAUCAACAGGACAAACUGCUGGAGCUAGACCCAAACAAGCAACACAGCUGGGGGUGUCGGGCCCUCGCUCUGGGAAUUAUGGAGGCGGAGAUGAUGUGCUGGCUGAGCUGGCUAAGAAGAAAGACCUGGAGGCCCUUAGGACUGAGGGAAGCAGUAUUAUAAAACUUUUGAGGGACCUCGAUGAAGGUGCCUACGAUAGUGAUGAGAUUGACCUGGCUCUGGAUAUGAGGAAAGAGGGCCAGAACCCCAAGAAUUGGUUGGAAGAGGACUGGGAAAGUAUAAUAGAAACACUGCUGGUGUAUUACCAGCAGGCAGGAGACAAGAUGGAGGGGGAAAACCUGGGUAGGCUCUCCAGUUUAGAGGCCAAAGCAGCACUGAAGAAGCAUGGGGGAAAUGUUCAGGCUGCACUGACAGAAUGUAUUGAAUCUAGGAAGGAGAAGUACACAGACCUGGCACAUGGCAGUGAGUUCAAAAGGGAACAGAUUCUUGAAGCACUCCAUCAGAAUAAGGGGGAUGUGGAAGAGGCAUUAAAACAGCUUAACAAGGAGGUGCUUCAUCCGUUUUUAGCCUCAGUGUGGGCAGGAAGGGAAGAGGAGGAAAGGGACGAGAUCGAGGGCACCAAUAAUGAGAGAUCUAUACAUGAUGAACAACAUAUUAAGGAUGUGAUAUUCAACAAGGAUGUUGAUGAGGAGAGACGUAUACGUCUUCUACUUGUGGAAGGCAACUUACAGGGCUGGGAGAGAGGAAAGUUGGCGCUGAAGAUUGCAGACAAUAUAGAUGACCUGGAAGGGUCUCCUACAUUGGAAGAAGUAGUAGAUGCCUCCAAAAAUAGCAAUGGCACCUACCAGGAAGCCAUCAAAUAUCUGCAGACAGAAUGCAUGGUCUGUUUUGAGAAACAACCAAUGAAUAGGAUCCGCACCCUUGCCCUUUGUCACUGCUACAUCUGCCGAGAGUGCCUGAAGCAGGGAUUUGAGGUGUAUAUCAAAGAUCGCCAUGUGAAGGACUGGGUUUGUCCCAAUUGUAAUGAACCAGACAUUGAUGAUGAGGAUAUAGCUUCAAGGCAUUUCCAGUUUUUGGAUUUGAUGCUGCAGAAUUUAGUUGCAAGAGAUGUUUAUGAACUGUUUCAACAGAAACUGCGAGAUUGGAACUUGAUGAAGGAGGAAAAUUUUAGAUGGUGUGCACAUUGUGAUAAUGGAUUUAUAUGGAAUCCUGAGGAAGGUGCUGCAAACAACCUGAAGAUGAAUUGUCCCAAGUGUUUAAAGGGCACUUGUUAUGGAUGCAAGAAACAUUGGGAAGCUGCACACGAGGAUCUGACAUGUGAGGCGUUUGCAGACUGGAAGGAGUCAAACGAUCCCGAGUUGCAGGCUCAGGGACUGGCUAAACACUUAGAGGAGAAUGGCAUAGAUUGCCCCAACUGUAACUUCCGCUAUGCUCUGGCCAAGGGUGGCUGCAUGCACUUUAAGUGUACGCAGUGUCGUCAUGAGUUCUGCGCAGGUUGUUACCAGGCCUUCAAGAGAGCAGAGAAUUGUAAGAUGUACAGUAAGUGUGCCACGUCUGGCCUACACUGUCACCACCCCAGAGACUGCCUGUUCUACCUGAGAGACAACUCUGUCAAAGAUCUACAGAAACUGCUACAGGAUAAUGAGAUACAGUUUGACACGGAGCAGCCGCCCCCAGUGGAGGGAGAAGAGCCACGUGACCGUAAUGCAUGUCGUGUGAUGGAACAGAAGGAGACGGUUGAUGGCUUAAAAGAUGAGUUCUGUGGACGGCAAGUUCCCCCACGCUAUGCUGGGUUGUGCGAGAUCCACUAUAAGGAGUACCUUGUUAGUCUAAUCAACAGACACCAUAUUGAUCCCUUAAUUAUACUGUCACUAAAUGAAAUCAAAGUGGUGCUGGGAAGGGUAGACAAGCAACCGCUAAAAAGGAAUAAAGGAGAGAAAGAUCCUGACUACAAGAAAAGGUUGAUAGAGUUUGUUCAAAGAGAGGUCCCCCUCACCUCUAUGAGACCCAGUCACAGGGCAAGAUCCAGACCCACUGCAGUAUGAAGAACUUUCUCUCAAGUUGUUAUAAAAUUUACUGAAACUUAAUUUCCUUAAGAAUAAAAAAAAGACAGAUUUCCCAGCGAAAAGAAUGAAUUUAAUUGUGGAAGAUGACAUUUUGGCACUUUCAAAAUAAUUGCAUUAAAAUUUUGUUUAAUUAUUUUACUUCUGCUAUUUUGCUUCUGCUACCAACGUG